AUGUUUCCAAGCCCCAGCACGUCCACUCCCUUCUCCGUGAAGGACAUAUUAAACCUGGAGAACAGCCACGACCUCUUGUCUUCCCUGGACCUGCAGUCUUCUCGCAUGGACUCAUGCUGCACUCAUGCGCCCUGCACUCAUGCGCCCUGCUGCGCCUCCUCCUGCAUGCUGGGCCGCCUCAAGCAGGAGCCUCUGCGGGACGCGCCGUCGCUCAUGCCGCUGUUCGACGAGGACCUCCGCCAGGGGCCCAAAUGCGGGAGCUUUCCCGCUGCGGUUUACGGCAAAGCUCUGACAGAGAUGGACCCCGUGAAGGAGGGCGGGUCACACAUGUUGGAGGAGAAACACGCAAAAGAACUGAGUCAUCUGGGUCCGUCAGUAGAAGGCCAGAAGCCGGACGAUCCGAACCGACCGAAGGCCCGAAGACGCCGGAAGCCGCGGAUCCUCUUCUCCCAGGCGCAGGUGUACGAGCUGGAGCGCCGCUUCAAGCAGCAGCGCUACCUGUCCGCCCCGGAGAGAGACCACCUGGCCGGGCUCCUUAAACUCACCCCCACCCAGGUGAAGAUCUGGUUCCAGAACAGAAGGUACAAGUGCAAGCGCCAGAGGCAGGACCAGAGCCUGGAGAUGGUGUCCCUGCCCCCGCCCAGGAGGGUGUCCGUGCCGGUGCUGGUGCGGGACGGCAAGCCCUGCAUGGCGGCCGACACGAGCACCUGCAACCCGUCCUACUGCAUGGCUCACGUCAACCACUUCACUUAUAACAACUACCCGCCCUUUAACGGCUACACAAACACGGCCUGCAGCGCAAACUACGCGUGUAAUUACCCCACGACGACGUCCAAUAACGGAAAUUACAUGAACUUUGGCGUGGGGGAUUUAAACAACGUGCAGCCCAGCUUCCCUUCCAGCAACAGCGGGGCCUCACUACAUGGAAUUAGGACUUGGUAGGCACC